CCCCGCGCGCGCCUGCGCACUCGGACCCCGCGUUCGCGCAUUGGCGCGAAGCUGGCGGCGGGGGAUGGAGCGCGGGUCGGUUGGCCCGCCGCCAACGGCAUAAACCGACGUCGCGGGAGGCGGUUCGGCAGUCGGCGUCGGGCGUAGGCAUGGAUAUCCGGAAAUUCUUUGGAGCAGUAAUUCCUAGAAAUAAACAAGAAUGUGACACUACCAGAAAGAAUGAGAAACCCCCAAAUAAGGAGGGGGCUUCAGGUGAAAAGUCAAAAUUGAAGGAAAUCAAGGUGAAGAAUUCAUCUCGCGGAGAGGAUUCUGGGCACAAACAGGUGAACAAGAAAAAGAGGAUAAUCUAUGAUUCAGAUUCUGAAGAGGAGGUCCAGGUGGUGAAGAAAUCUAAGAAGCCGCCAGAUAGAAAACAGUCUUCAAGACCUGAUAAGAUUCUAAAGAAGGACCCUGUUGUUUAUGUUUCAGAGACAGAUGAAGAAGAGGACUUUGUUAAUAAGAAGGUCGCUCCCAAACCCAAGGAAAAUGGGACAUCUGUGGCUAUUCGUUUUGGGACACCUGGAGCAUCAAAGACUGAUCCCAAACCAAAACUGAAAAAUAAACCCCUAUCUCCAGUAAAACUGACACCAACCUCUGUAAUUGAUUACUUUGGAACUGGUAGCAUUCAGCGAUCAGAGAAGAAACUGGUGUCAAGCAAACGAAAAGAACUGUCACAAAGCAGGGAUCCCACACUAGAUGAUGAGGCUGUUGCCAGGCAGCUACAGCUUGAAGAGAAUACAGAGUUGGAGAGGCAACUGCAUGAAGAUGAAGAAUUUGCCAGAACUCUGGCCAUGCUGGAUGAAACACCAAAGAAGAAAAAGCCUCGAAAAGAUCCAGAAGAGAAACAGAUAACUUCAACAGUCAAAACUAGUCCAAUUGAAGCAGAAAAACAUAAACAGGCUCCUAAAGUAAAACCUGCCAGUUCAACUGUGGACACAAGGCCUAAUUCUGCAAAGGACCAGGUUUGCUCAGAAAGUACAAAAACAUGGAGUCAGCACCCUGAGUCUUCCGUUAGUAAAGAGAGGAAGGAUUUGGGGAAUAAGGUGCUGCCCUCAAAGCCAAGUUCCAAGUUGGCUGUGCUGAAGCAAAAAUCAGAAAGUAUUAAAGUGGAAAAUGGAACUCCAAAAGGAGAAACGAUAAAAAAUGAAAGUAGGACUCCAAAAGUAAAGUCCGUUUUACCAGAGGAGACACCUAAAAAGGAGAAGGUUACUCCCCCAAAAUCUAAGUCUGUAAGUCCUGAGGACUCUGAAAAGAAGCGAGCCAACUAUCAAGCUUAUAGAAGCUAUCUUAAUCGUGAAGGCCCAAGAGCACUUGGCUCUAAGGAGAUCCCACAAGGUGGUGAAAAUUGCUUUGAAGGCCUGACGUUUGUGAUCACAGGCAUCUUGGAAUCCAUUGAACGCGAUGAGGCCAAAUCUCUGAUUGAGCGCUAUGGAGGGAAAGUAACUGGGAAUAUCAGUAAGAAGACAGACUAUCUUGUGAAGGGUCGUGACUGCGGCGCAGCCAAGAGUGACAAGGCCUUAGCUUUAGGGACAAAAAUAAUUGAUGAAGAUGGUUUAUUUGACCUGAUUCGGAGUAUGCCAGGCAAGAAGUCAAAGUAUGAAGUGGCAGCUGAAGCAGAGGCAAAGAAGGCCAAAUCCAAGUGUGUGAAAACCCCACCGAAAGCUGAAGCGGAAAGAAGAAAAAUUAGCCCUCCAACUAGAGAGAGUGAACCCAAAAAGAAAAAAGUCACUCCUGAAAAGGACAAUACCGUCAGAUCUCCCAAGAAGCAAACAAUGGAAGCAAGGAGAGGUCUGGACUUUGAUCAGAAAGCGCCGGAGAAAAAGGAUCCGAAGGAUGUUGGGAGCCCAAUUCAAAAAGGCAGUAAAGGUGGAGCUGAGGUGUUAUUAUGGGUGGACAAAUACAAGCCCACAUCCCUUAAAACAAUCAUUGGGCAACAAGGCGACCAAAGCUGUGCCAAUAAACUCUUACGUUGGCUUCGAAACUGGCACAGGAAUAUUUCGCAGGACAAACACGCAAAACCCAGUAAGUUUGGAGUCAAAGACGACGGUGCUAGUUCAAAAGCAGCUUUGCUCUCUGGCCCCCCGGGGGUUGGCAAAACGACCACUGCUUCACUAGUUUGCGAAGAACUGGGCUUGAGCUAUGUGGAAUUAAAUGCCAGCGACACUCGCAGUAAGAACAGCCUGAAGGAGGUGGUUGCCGAAUCUCUAAAUAACACCAGCAUCAAAGAGUUCUGUUCAGGCACAUCAUCUUCAGUCAGCACAAAGCAUGUCCUAAUUAUGGAUGAGGUGGAUGGAAUGGCUGGCAACGAAGACAGGGGCGGCAUCCAGGAACUGAUUGACCUGAUUAAACAUACAAAGGUUCCUAUCAUUUGUAUGUGUAAUGAUCGGAAUCACCCAAAGAUGCGUUCCCUUGUCCACUACUGCUUUGAUCUUCGCUUUCACAGACCACGCGUGGAGCAGAUUAAGGGUGCCAUGAUGUCCAUUGCCUUUAAAGAGGGGUUAAAGAUUCCACCACCAGCAAUGAAUGAAGUCAUCUUGGCAGCCAAUCAGGAUAUCAGACAAGUUUUACAUAAUCUCAGCAUGUGGUGUGCAAGGAGCAAAUCUCUGACCUACGAUGGUGUCAAAGAGGAUGCUAACAAAGCAAAGAAGGACAUCAAGCUGGGCCCUUUCGAUGUUGUCAGGAAGGUUUUUGCUACCGGAGAAGAGACCUCUCACAUGUCCCUUAUAGACAAAUCAGACCUCUUCUUCCACGAUUACUCUCUCGCCCCGCUCUUUGUCCAGGAGAACUACAUCCACGUGACCCCAGCUGCUGCAGGGGGUAACAUGAAGAAACACCUGAUGUUGCUUAGCAAAGCAGCUGACAGUAUUUGCGAUGGCGACUUAGUUGACCGGCAGAUUCGCAGCCGACAAAAUUGGAGCCUUCUACCUACGCAGGCCAUUUAUUCAAGUGUCCUCCCCGGGGAGCUGAUGAGAGGCUACAUGAAACAAUUCCCAAAUUUCCCAAGCUGGCUGGGCAAAUUUUCAUCAACAGGAAAGCACGACCGUAUCAUGCAAGAGCUGUCGAUGCACAUGAGCCUCAGGACACAUGCAAGCAAGAGAGCAGUAAAUCUGGACUAUUUGUCGUACUUAAGAGAUGCAAUUGUGAAACCUUUGACUUGCCUGGGAACAGAUGGAGUGCAGGAGGCUGUAGCAUUUAUGGAUACUUACUGCUUGAUGAAGGAAGAUGUCGAAAGCCUAAUGGAAAUAACCAGUUGGGGAGGCAAGCCUAGUGAAUUUUCUAAAAUUGAUUCCAAGGUUAAAUCUGCCUUCACGCGAGCCUAUAACAAAGAGGCACACCUUGCACCAUAUUCUCUGCAAGUGGUGCAUAAGGCGAAUCGACGAGCAGGAUCGACGGUGGAUGAAGAACUGGAAGCUGAAGAAAUCCCGUCUGAGAAUGAGCAAGACACUAUUGAAAAUGAUGCAAUGAUUAAGAAGACAACCAAGACUGCUAAGCAACCAAAAAGGAACGGAGAUGUUAAAAGGGGGAAAGCAAAGAAGAAGUCUAAAUAAAUGGUUCAGUGCUGACAAAUGCUCCGAACCAGCUAUGCAACUGUUACUUUAUGCUGGGGGUGUUGAUUAUCGUCACUACACAAAUACAAAUAUGUAAUAUACUGAAUAAAUAGGACUAAAUGCAAUUCUCUGUCUACUGAUUUGUAUGCGCAGUGGCUUAGUUAACAACAUCUAGAAAAAAUAAACACUGGCCUGUUUGUUGCAUUUACAAUAUUUCAUCUGUGCAAAGCUGAUACUUUUUAAAAAUAGCUAUUAUGUUGUCAAUUCCUGUAUAUAUAUAUAGUAUAUAGAUUGGUCUCUUUUGUACAUUAUGAGAACACAGCAAUGUUUAAAAAUUGCAAUAAAACUAAUUUCAUAUUUUUAA